GGGUCAUGAAACUUAAUCCACAGCAAGCUCCAUUAUAUGGCGAUUGUGUUGUUACAAUAUUGCUUGCUGAAGAGGACAAAGUUGAAGAUGAUGUAGUUUUUUACUUGGUAUUUUCGGGUUCUACCCUCCAUCACUGUACAAGUACUCGGAAAGUCAGUUCUGAUACAUUGGAGACCAUUGCUCCUGGUCAUGACUGCUGUGAGACAGUGAAGGUGCUGCUCUGUGCUUCCAAAGAGGGUCUUCCUGUGUUUGUGGUGGCUGAAGAAGACUUUCGUUUCAUCCAGGAUGAAGCAUAUGAUGCAGCCCAAUUUUUGGCAACCAGUGCUGGAAAUCAGCAGGCUCUGAACUUCACACGUUUUCUUGACCGGUCCGGACCCCCAUCUGGAGAUGUGAAUUCUCUUGAUGAGAAGGUUGCCCUGGCAUUCAGGCACCUGAAGCUGCCGGCGGAGUGGAACGUGUUGGGAACAGAUCAGACUUUGCAUGAUGCUGGCCCUCGGGAGACAUUGAUGCAUUUUGCUGUGAGGCUGGGACUGCUGAGGUUGACGUGGUUCCUGUUGCAGAAGCCAGGCGGCCGCGGAGCUCUCAGCAUCCACAACCAGGAAGGGGCGACACCUGUGAGCUUGGCCUUGGAACGAGGUUAUCACAAGCUGCACCAGCUUCUAACCGAGGAGAAUGCUGGAGAACCAGACUCCUGGAGCAGUUUAUCCUACGAAAUACCUUAUGGAGACUGUUCUGUGAGGCAUCAUCGAGAGUUGGACAUCUAUACAUUAACCUCUGAAUCUGAAUCACUUCAUGAACCCCCAUUUCCUGGAGACAGUUGCACUGGACAUAUUUUUAAACUUAUGAACAUUCAACAGCAACUAAUGAAAACAAACCUCAAGCAGAUGGACAGUCUUACACCCUUAAUGGUGACAGCACAGGAUUCCUCCAGUCCUCCCAGUGCCCCAGAAACAAAUAUCCAGUUUCUAACCUGUGCUUCAGAGUCCAUAGCCAGCCAGCAGCUUUCUUCUGAAGAGACCGAGAGCAUUCCGGGCUGCCAGGGGAGCCUUGUUGGGCAGAUUGAAAGUUCCUGUGAUUUAUCAAGCAUGAUUGAGGAAGAGAAUACAGACAGUUCCUGUAAGAAGAAAAAUAAAGGCAUGGAAAGAAAAGGGGAAUGGGUGCAGCCAGCACCUAUUGUGAACUCUGAUACUGUGGCUGAUCAAGACAGCUGCUUUCGGAACAUGCCUGACUGUGGAGUAAAGGGCACAGAAGGCCUUUCAUCCUGUGGAAACAGCAGUGGAGAAACUGGAACAAAAUCUUCUGGAAUGCCCAUAGACUGGGAGUCUCUGAACAGAGGAGAUAGUGAGCUACAGAGAGACAUGGUCACGGAACCAGGCACGGCCCAGCAUUCCUCUGGAGGUGAAUUGGCAGGCAUUUCAACAACAGAUACCAGUACCCUAGAUACUGUAGGGGAAAGAGAACAUGGUCUCUUGAACUUAGAUGCCACUUUCCAGAGCAGUGUGCCUCAAGUAGGGGAAAGUACCAAGGAAAGUUUUGAGAAUUCGAAUCUCAGCACUGCGGGAUCCUCCGACGUUCAAGUCACAAGUAAGCCUGAGGAUAAAGCCAGCAUUCCAAACUCUGUCUCUACCACCAGUUCCCUGGGUGGUAACAAACCUGCAGAGUCUUUGGUAGCAUUUAGCAGUGGAGGAAUCUCCACUGAAAAAGAAGCAGAAACAGAAACUUCAAGAAGCUGUGAAGAGAGUGCUGAGACUCCAGUAGAUCAGAAUUCCGUGGUAAUUCCAGCUUCUGCAAAUGACAAGAUUUCAGAUGAAUUAGAACUGAGCACUUCCUUAGCAGGCAUAUGUGAGGCAUUGUCACCUUCAGAUUUAACCUUUCCUGGGCUAGAAAAAGAUGUAAUUCCGGACCAGAAAUCAGAAACAAAUUCAUCUCAUACUCAAAGCCAAACAAGCAAAUUACUUAUUUGCUCUGCAACUGGAGACAAUAAACUUUGCACUGACUCUGCAUGUCAACAGAACACAGUGACUUCUAGUGGUGAGUGGGUUGCAAAACAGUGCGAUGACAUAGCCAGCCAGCCUGAAAGCUUAAAGAUAGGGCAGCCGAACUCACAAGACCCACCUACUGCUGUCAGCUGUGAAGACUCACAGACUAACACAGUCACCUCUCACCCUGGAAGGAAUACCCAGGAACAUGUGGAUUUUUGUUCUUUUGAAGUUGUGGAUAAAGAGGACCAAGAAAAAGAGUUGAAACUAGACAAACCUUUAACAAAUAUGCUGGAGGUGGUUUCACAUGCACGUCUGGUUGUCCCUAAAACUGAGAAAGAACUGGUGCCAAACCAGGCAGCAAUAUCAGACAGCACUUUCUUUCUGGCAAAUAAUCCAGGCAGUGAAUCAGUAACCAAAGAUGACGUACUUUCCUUUGUCCCCUCCCAGAAAAAAAAGGGAACAGCAACUCCUGAACUACAUAUGGCUACAGAUUAUAGAGAUGGUCCAGACGGAGAUUCGAAUGAUCCCGAUACACAGCCACUAGAAGACAGCACAGCGGACCUGUCCACGUCCUCCCCUGUGGUAGAGCUUCAGGUCAGCAUGGGUAAUAUCAGUCCCACAGGACUUGGUGGGGAAUAUGAGAGUCCUGGCUCCUCAGCAAGCCCUGAAGUUCUGAAUAUCAAGGGGACCACUGACUUGUCCCUACUAAGUGUGAGUAAGUUCACUUUGGCCUCCAGUUCCGUUUUGACUAGAGAAGGGAAAAAUGUGGGGAUUCCAGAAAGCUCUGCAGCUCAAGAACAAGAUGACAGAGAUAAAACAGAGACUUGUUCCUUCAUUAAGGAAGACAAUCUUUCUUCAGGAACGUUGCAGGAAGAGCAGAGAACACCACCUCCUGGACAAGAGACACCCGGAUUCUAUGAAAAACCUAUCUCAGCUGCUUGUGCUAAGGACAAAGCGCUUCAGCACAAUAAUUUACCGGGUACACCCUCCGCCUGUCUUAAGGCAGAAACUAAACAUAACAAGGAAGUGGCCCCACAAGUCUCACUGCUGACUGAAGGUGGGGCUGCACAGAGCCUGAUGCCACCAGGAGCAAGUGUGACUGCAGACUCAAGGCAGGAAGCCUUGAGUGCAGAGCAAAACAGCUCAACUCUGUUGCCAGAGGGGUCUGAGGCUCUUAAUGGCAACCAACCUUUUGCUCUGGAUAUUAGAGUGAAGAACACCCAAUCCCAGAGAAAAACCAGUGCCAGUGAGGUGAGUGGAAAUGUAACGGUGGAUGUUGCAGUGGUUGAUGCUCUACGAUGUACUGCUGAGCCCAGAAGAAAGGAUAUAUCACAUAACACCCAAGACAUUCUGAGUCCACACAUUUUGUUGAGUCAGGAGAAGAAUGUGAUCCUGGGUUUGCCGGGAGCUUUACCAGACAAAGGUGCAGGUGACCUACAGGGAGCUGCAACCCCACAGAUGGUACCUCUCCAUUGGGAGGAAAAGGAGCUGGAAGGAGCAGACCACAGUUGCACCAUGGAUGACUCCAAGGAAGCACAAAUGGGCAGUGAAGCACUUCCUGUCCUACUGCAACCUAUUGCCAAGGAACUUCCCACAGAGACAGGGCUCUCAGCUGGUGAUGACAGGGCCCCAGCUGAUGUGAGGGAAGUCAUGCAAGCCUUGGCCCCAGGCAAGGAAAGGAGUGUUCCUUGUCUUCCCUGCCGGGUCUCUGCCCAAGCUGCACCUCUGUCUAAGGGAGUAGACUUCAUAGAAGUAGCUGCGAGCCACAUAGUGGAUGCUGUCAUCGAGCGAGUCAAGGCAUCAGGAGCACUUUUUACUGAGGGAGAUAUCAGUCACAUAUCACUGUCCAGUCCUGAGUUGGGCCCUGUGACCAAGGGGCUAGAGAGUGCUUCUGCAAAGCAAGUGAAUGCUUUUCCACCUGGGGAGAACCUGCCAAUGGGCAAUAUUCCAGAAGAAGCCACAGGGAACCUUGCAGGAUGUUUUGGUGGAAGGGAGGAGCCAGAGAAGAUUAUUCUGCCUGUUCAAGGGCCUGAGCCGGCAGCAGAAAUGCCAGACACAAAAGCUGAAGAUGAAGUGGAUUUUCUGAGUAAUGCCAGAGCGAGUUCAGUUUCUGAAGAGGUGGCUGUAGGGAGUGUAGCUACUACACCCAAGAUUGAGCAAAGCCCAAAGAUCCAGGAGAUAAAUAGAGAAAACUGGUGUACAAUAGAGCCAUGCCCUGAUGCAGCAUCUCUUUUGGCUUCCAAGCAGAACCCAGAAUGUGAGAACUUACUGGAUGUUGGACUGGGCAGAGAGUGUGCCUCAAAACAAGGUGUACUUAAAAGAGAAUCUGGGAGUGAUUCUGACCUCUUUCACUCACCCAGUGAUGACAUGGACAGCAUCAUCUUCCCAAAGCCUGAAGAAGAGCAGCUGGUCUGUGAUAUCACUGGAUCCAGUUCUUCCACUGAUGACACAGCUUCCCUGGAUCGACAUUCUUCUCAUGGCAGCGAUGUUUCCCUCCCUCAGAUUUCAAAGUCAAACAGGUCCGGAGAUCGGCAAAGCCUGAAUGGUUGCUGCAGCCAUGGGGUGGGAGCUGAGGGUCGAGAGAGUGAGAGUGAACCUGCUGGCCCAGGUGACAUGGAGGAGGAGGAGAUGGACAGCAUCACUGAAGUGCCUGCAAACUGCUCUGUCCUGAGAAGCUCCAUGCGCUCUCUGUCCCCCUUCCGGAGGCACAGCUGGGGGCCUGGGAAAAAUGCAGCCAGUGAUGCAGAAAUGAACCACCGCAGUAUGAGCUGGUGUCCCUCUGGUGUACAAUACUCUGCUGCCCUGAGUGCUGACUUUAAUUACAGAAGUUUCAGUCUAGAAGGCUUGACAGGAGGAGCUGGUGUUGGAAACAAGCCAUCUUCAUCUCUUGGAGUAAACUCUGCAAACACCAAAGAGCUCAGACACCCUUUCAGUGGUGAGGAACGGGGUGACUCUUUGAUGUCACUUUCAGAAGAGAAUCUGGAAUCAGGCCAGAGAGAACAUAGGAUGUUUGAUCAGCAGACCUGUCACAGAUCUAAACAACAGGGAUUUAAUUACUGUACAUCAGCCAUUUCCUCUCCAUUGACAAAAUCCAUCUCAUUAAUGACAAUCAGCCCUCCUGGAUUGGACAAUUCACGGCCCUUCCACAACACCAGUGCUAAUCUGACUGAAAGUAUAACAGAAGAGAAUUAUAACUUCCUGCCACAAAGCCCCUCCAAGAAAGAUUUUGAAGGGAAGAGUGGAACAAAAGUCAGUCGUACGUUCAGCUACAUCAAGAAUAAAAUGUCCAGCAGUAAGAAGAGCAAAGAAAAGGAAAAAGAAAAAGAUAAAAUUAAGGAGAAGGAGAAAGAUUGUAAAGAGAAGGAGAAAGACAAGAAGACUCUCAAUGGGCACACUUUCAGCUCCAUUCCUGUUGUGGGUCCCAUCAGCUGUAGCCAGUGCAUGAAGCCUUUCACCAACAAAGAUGCCUACACUUGUGCAAAUUGCAGUGCUUUUGUCCACAAAGGCUGCCGAGAAAGUCUGGCCUCCUGUGCAAAGGUCAAAAUGAAGCAGCCCAAAGGGAGCCUUCAGGCGCAUGACACGUCAUCACUGCCCACAGUCAUCAUGAGAAACAAGCCCUCGCAGCCUAAAGAGCGCCCUCGAUCUGCAGUCCUCCUGGCGGAUGAAACCACUGCUACCCCAAUGUUUGCUAAUAGACGGUCCCAGCAGAGUGUCUCACUCUCCAAAAGUGUCUCCAUACAGAACAUUACUGGAGUUGGCAAUGAUGAGAACAUGUCAAACACCUGGAAAUUCCUUUCUCAUUCAACAGACUCACUAAAUAAAAUCAGCAAGGUCAAUGAGUCAACAGAAUCACUUACUGAUGAGGGAGUAGGUACAGACAUGAAUGAAGGCCAACUAAUGGGAGACUUUGAGAUUGAUUCCAAACAACUGGAAGCAGAGUCUUGGAGUCAGAUCGUAGACAGCAAGUUUCUGAAACAGCAAAAGAAAGAUGUGGUCAAACGGCAAGAAGUGAUUUACGAGCUAAUGCAGACAGAGUUCCAUCACAUCCGCACCCUCAAGAUCAUGAGUGAUGUGUACAGCCGGGGUAUGAUGACAGAUCUGCUCUUUGAGCAGCAGAUGGUGGAAAAGCUGUUUCCCUGUUUGGAUGAGCUGAUUAGUAUCCAUAGCCAAUUCUUUCAGAGGAUCCUGGAGCGGAAGAAGGAGUCUCUGGUGGAUAAAAGUGAAAAGAACUUUCUUAUCAAGAGGAUGGGGGAUGUGCUUGUAAACCAGUUUUCAGGUGAGAAUGCAGAACGUUUAAAGAAGACAUAUGGCAAGUUUUGUGGACAGCACAACCAGUCUGUAAACUAUUUCAAAGACCUUUUUACCAAGGAUAAGCGGUUUCAAGCCUUUGUAAAGAAGAAGAUGAGCAGUUCACUUGUAAGGAGGCUUGGAAUCCCAGAGUGCAUAUUACUUGUAACCCAGCGGAUCACCAAGUACCCAGUUCUGUUCCAAAGAAUAUUGCAGUGCACCAAAGACAAUGAAGUGGAACAGGAAGAUCUGGCACAGUCCUUGAACCUGGUGAAGGAUGUGAUUGGAGCUGUAGACAGCAAAGUGGCAAGUUAUGAAAAGAAAGUGCGUCUCAAUGAGAUUUAUACAAAGACAGAUAGCAAGUCAAUCAUGAGGAUGAAGAGUGGUCAGAUGUUUGCCAAGGAGGAUUUGAAACGGAAGAAGCUUGUGCGGGAUGGGAGCGUGUUUCUGAAGAGUGCAGCAGGAAGGUUGAAAGAGGUUCAAGCAGUUCUGCUCACUGACAUUUUAGUUUUCCUUCAAGAAAAAGAUCAGAAAUACAUCUUUGCAUCAUUGGACCAGAAAUCUACAGUGAUCUCUUUAAAGAAGCUGAUUGUAAGAGAAGUGGCACAUGAGGAAAAAGGUUUGUUUCUGAUCAGUAUGGGGAUGAAAGAUCCAGAGAUGGUAGAAGUUCAUGCCAGCUCCAAAGAGGAGCGAAACAGCUGGAUUCAGAUCAUCCAGGACACAAUCAACACCCUGAACAGAGAUGAAGAUGAAGGAAUUCCUAGUGAGAAUGAGGAAGAGAAGAAAAUGUUGGACUCCAAAGCCCGGGAAUUAAAAGAACAACUUCAACAGAAGGACCAACAGAUCCUCCUCUUAUUGGAAGAGAAGGAGAUGAUUUUCCGGGACAUGGCUGAGUGCAGCACUCCCUUGCCAGAGGACUGCUCCCCGACGCACAGCCCUAGAGUCCUCUUCCGCUCCAACACAGAAGAGGCUCUCAAAGGAGGACCUUUAAUGAAAAAUGCAAUAAAUGAGGUGGAGAUCCUUCAGGGUUUGGUGAUUGGAAGCCUGGGAGGCACACUUGGGCAAGCUGUCAACAGCCCCACUGAACAAGAAGGCAUGGUUGGCCCUGUUUCCCUGCCUCGGAGAGCAGAGACCUUUGGAGGAUUUGACAGCCAUCAGAUGAAUGCUUCAAAAGGCGGCGAGAAGGAAGAGGGAGAUGAUGGCCAAGAUCUUAGGAGAACAGAAUCAGAUAGUGGCCUGAAAAAGAGUGGAAAUGCUAACCUGGUAUUUAUGCUUAAAAGAAACAAUGAGCAGGUCAUGCAGAGCAUUGUUCAUCUCCAUGAACUCCUUAGCAGUCUGCAGGGUGUGGUGUUGCAGCAGGACAGCUACAUUGAGGACCAGAAGCUGGUGCUGAGCGAGAGAACACUCACCCGGAGCUCAUCCCGCCCGAGCUCCCUCAUCGAGCAGGAGAAGCAGCGCAGCCUGGAGAAGCAGCGCCAGGACCUGGCCAACCUUCAGAAGCAGCAGGCGCAGCACCUGGAGGAGAAGCGCCGGCAUGAGCGCGAGUGGGAGGCCCGCGAGAGGGAGCUGCGGGAGCGUGAGGCACGCCUGGCCCAGCGUGAGGAGAGGGUGCAGCAGGGCCAGCAGGACCUGGAGAAGGACCAGGAGGAACUUCAGCAGAAGAAGGGCGCAUACCAGUACGACCUGGAGCGGCUGCGUGCAGCCCAGAAACAGCUGGAGAGGGAGCAGGAGCAGCUGCGCCGAGAUGCUGAACGGCUCAGCCAGAGGCAGAUGGAAUGUCAGGUUUCACAUCACCAUACCAAGCUGAUGAGGAUCCCAUCCUUCUUCCCCAAUCCCGAGGAGUCUCCCGUGCCAUCCACACCUCCCAUAGCCAAAUCAGGGUCCUUAGACUCAGAACUUUCAGUGUCCCCAAAAAGGAACAGUAUCUCUCGGACACACAAAGACAAGGGGCCUUUUCAUAUAUUGAGUUCAACCAGCCAGACAAACAAAGCACCAGAGGGGCAGAGCCAGGCCCCAGCAUCCACCUCUGCCUCCACCCGCCUGUUUGGGUUAGCUAAGCCAAAGGAAAAGAAGGAGAAAAAAAAGAAGAACAAAGCAAGCCGCCCUCAGCCUGGUGAUGGUCCUGCAUCAGAAGCAUCAGCAGAGGGGGAGGAGAUCUUCUGCUGACCCCGUUCCUGUCUGCUAAGGCAGCUGCCUCCUGGUCGUGGCCGAUGGUUCCCAACCCACAUCUCCUACUGUCCCUGUAUGCACAAGUCUCUUACACUGGACACCCACUGCUCCUCAGCGUCCAGUCCCCCUGGGCAGCCCAGGUCCUGGACAAAAAGGAGCAGAUUGUCUUGAGUGUCAGGGUGGGGAAGGAGGCCCAGACUCUGCUUCACCCAUAACUAGUGACUACCAAGGACUCACAGGUUGGGGCCGGCCCUAUGCAAGAUGUUACACUGAAAGUAGUAGCCUCAGAAGUACAGGCAGUGGUUUUGGACAUGUUGGGAAGUCCUAAAGGCUGAAAGAGUGUUUCCAAAUGAGGCUGAAUUCUGGCUGCCUUUUAUUUGGGAGAACACACCAAAACCAAACAGCAGAUAGUCUGAACUUUGUGUAUAUAUACAGUGAUCUGUCUGCAUAUACAUAUAGGAUAUGCCAGAAGUAUGCACCGCCUGUGCCAGCCCUGUGGUCAGCUAGCUCAGCACAGGAGGGGCACCUGGACUGAUCAGGUCCCUGGGUACUUUACCUGGUAGUCCUUAGAGACUAGGUACCCUUCACCCACCCUGUGCACACAUCACCCCUUUUUUGUAUGUAUUUCUCAUUUCAUUUUAGAAGGGAUGACAGACGUUUGUGAAACCAGUGAAAGAAGGCUUGACGUGUAUAAAAACAUGAUCUGCACUACCUUGAUCUCAGUGUUUUGGGCACUAAAAAAAAUAGUAUUUUAUCAUCAAAUCUAGAAGAAAUAUACCGGCUUUCCAGAAUGUGUGCCCAUAUGUUCUGGGCACAGGUCAA